ACUCAAUCUCCAUCUCCAAUUUCACUAAUUAGUUAGUAGCAGACUUACAAAACUUUGUGAUGAUAAGGUCAUCUAGCAAACCAAUAAUUUAGCAACCCCUGAUCCUCUAACCUUCUAUAACCCAUUAAUCACAGUUCCACACAACUCAGAGCAUGGAGACCAGUACUGAAAAUAAUUACUUUCAUGAAGCCAGCUACAUGGACCAAGCAGGUCAAUUACGAACCACAAGAGUGCCUGUAGUUCAAGAACUAGCUCGCCGAGGACUCAAACACCUGCCGGAGAGGUUCGUGGCGCUGCAACCUGAACACGAUCAGUACCCCGCUUUAUCCAGCCAUCAUGUCUCGGAACUCCUACCAUCCAUAAACAUGACCAAAUUACGAGGCAACGAUCGAGCCGAAGAGCUGGCCAAGCUACUAACUGGAGCUAAGACAUGGGGUAUGGUUGUAGUUGAAGGCCACGGUGUAGCUGAGUCUGUUUUGCAUGGUGUGAGGGAUGUGGUGAAGGAGUUCUUUGGGUUGUCGUUUGACGAGAAGAAGGCAAGCGUUGGGUCGUAUGUAAGCGUGGAUAACAUGGGGUAUGGCCGGAACUUUGUCAAGUCGGAAGACCAGCCUUUGGAUUGGAUUGAUCGUGUGACCGUGAAAGCAGCUCCGGCCGGAGCAACCGAAGGGCUUCAUGUUUGGCCUCAAAGGCCUGCUAAUUUCAGGCAUGCUAUAGAGCAAUAUGUUGCAGAAGCAAGAAACAUCUUCAAUGACAUACUUGAAGCUCUUCCUGAAGCCUUAUCACUAGAAAGACAUGUAUUCCUCCAAAACUUUGACCCCCACGAGACUGAGAUCAAUGUGAGAGUGAACUACUACCCCCCAUGCCCAAGGCCAGACCAAGCCCUUGGUCUAACCCCACACACUGAUGCCAGUGCCCUCACUCUCCUUCUUCAAUUCGAAGCCAGCGGAGGGCUCCAAGUGUUGAAGGACAUGGAAUGGAUCACCGUGCCUUGGCCAAAAGACGCAAUGCUAGUGAAUGUGGGAGACCUACUAGAGAUUAUGAGCAAUGGGAUGUUUAGAAGUCCAUGGCAUAGGGUUGUUACCCAAAUGGAUGUAGAGAGGUUUUCGGUGGCUUUAUUCUAUAAUCCAAGUCCUCGAACUCAGAUUGAGCCGAUUGGGAAUUGUUCAUUGGCAAAUGAUGAUGAUGUUGAGGGGUAUAAGAAGGUGGUUGUGGGUGACUAUUUGCAACAUUUUUAUAGGAUUAGUCCUACUGUGAAGAAACAAGCUAUCAGCUUUGCCAAAAGAGUACCCAGAUCAUAACGUGGGUGUUGGAAUGGUGGAUGAUAGUCAUUUCCUAUAGCUCAGACCUGUGGGGAAAGAACCCAUCAAUUUUACGAGUAUGUGCUUUAUUUAUUUGUCAUGAGAGUAAAUCAUUUCUUGUGAAUGAUGUUAUGGAAACUGAAGACAGCUUGAUAAGAGAAAGAAAACUUCUCAGCUCUAA